AGGUUAAGUCGUGCUCCUGGUGUCUCGUGUUGUCGUCGUGCUUGUGAAAAUUUGGUAUUGUGGUAUUGUGUGUGUAUUUGGUUUUUGUGUGUGUGGUAUUUUAAAUUCGUGAUUAUGGUUAAUAAACAAAAAAAAGCUGGCGGGCCUCAGAAACGGGCAAAACCCUAUACGGCCAUGCAAAUGGAAUACCUCACGGAGGCCAUUCGAAAGAGACAGAAAGUCAUUGAGUGCAAGAAAACGGACACUGUCGUGAAUGCAGAAAAGACAGUUGCAUGGCAAGAUGUAACCAAUGAAUUCAACGCCCACCUCACCCCUGAAGAUGGACCACGGACCCUGGUUCAGCUGAAAGGCAAGUGGAAGCAGAUGAAACGGGAUGCCGGCAAAGUCAUCAGAGAAAUCUAUCGAGAAUGGGGUGGAACGGGAGGAGGACCCCAGUGGAAGGAAAAACUGCCAGCACUGGAAGCCAAAAUUUUCUCUAUUUGCCCCAAGUCGUUUCUGGCAGCACGCACCAACAAAUAUGACUCUGAUGGAGGUCAAAUUGUUGCGGAAUCCGACUGCGAUGAGGAACAGAGUGAUUAUGAUGAAGAAAAUGGCGUUGACGAAAAUAAUUUGAAUUCAUGCAACACACGCAAAGAAGCUCAUUGUUCUAUGCCAGAGUUCCAACAAAUUUUGGACUCCACCAUUCCUAUUGACGGAGCCAAUGCGGGUGGAGCAGAAGUACAGAUGCAAAACAGUGGGUCUGAGGCAGAAGAUGAAUUUGAGGAUUAUAUACUAGAAGUAAUUGAAGAUUGUGGGGACACAAGCUCUACAUCUGUUGCUCCUUCAGAAACAUUAAACCAUGGUCAGUCACUCGAACCGCCUUCUACGUCUAAGUCUCAAGGCUCCUCGAAUCCUGGAACUAGUAAGAAAUCUCCCGAUACUGAAGAUUCAAGUAUCUCAAAGAAGGUGGAUUGGUCCCAUUACAAUGUUCCAGCAUUAAGAAGUAAAAAAUCAGAUGCUCUGACACUGAAGAAAGGUAAGAAGAGGAAGCUGUACGGUAAAACCAUACAGGAAAAAUAUGAGCAAGACAGGCAAGUCCUCAUCGAGACUCAGAGAGAUUAUUAUAUCACGCUACAAAAGCAAAACAUUGAAAAGCAUAAUAAAGAAAUGGAGCUGAAGAAUUUGGAGGCUGACUACUGGUGUGCGAGGAAAGCAGCAGAGGAAAGGUACUGGUUACAGAGAAUCGAAAGAGAAGAGAAAGAAGCUGCAUUGAGAAUGAAAUUAGUCGAGGAGGAGUUGAAAGUAAUGUCGAGGGGAACAUCCAGCUCUAAUGAUUAUAAUGAUAAUACUGCUUUUUAAAUCCUAUCAGACUUUGCAGUAUGUACAUACUUGCACUGAGUAACGCUUCUUCAUGUGCCCUGUGCCUCUGUAUGGAGCUAUGAUUUUUCCCAACACUGUGAUGCUUCAAUUCUUGAAGUGUAUAAAGUUUCGUUUUCUUACGUUCUCUGAAAAAGUCCCGUUAUGUGCCAUUGAGCUAUGUACAAAUUUGUGUCGGCCAAUUCUGAUGCAAGGUUGCUCGUUGAAAUUUCAAAUGACCUUCUUUUCAUUUUAGGAGGAAAUGCUUAGGAUUAAUUAUGAGGAAAAAAUAGUUUAGGUAUCAUUUCUUUAAGUAGCCUAUAUAUUCCUGAUUACCAGUAUUUAAUUUGUAUUCCUUCCAGUAUAGUCUCAAGAGUUGAUCGCUAACUAAUUAAUUGUAUAUUCUUCAUUACCUCAGAUCAAAAUCUUAAAUUAUCAAUGUUACCUUGUGUUCAUAGUUUUUGUUUUCUUUAAUCUUUUUUAAUUUUAAGUUUGUUAUGUACGUCAAUGAAGAGAUUUCUUUUAUUUCUAUUUUUCGAAUGUGUCAAGUAAUAGAACGAGGGGCCUAAAACCACAUUGAGCUCUCCUUUGCAUACAUUCUCUCAAGUGGAAGCCAGGUUCCUUGACACUGUACAAGAUACACUUACCGAAAGCUCAUUCUAGUGCCUUUAGUUCUUAGAUUUUUCUUCCCUCCAAUAUGUUGCGUUACCUUGAUUUAAUUGUUGAAAUGUUCAGCGAGUCCUUCAGCCCCUUUGUUACCUACAUUGAGUAAUUGAAGAAGGGCCCUGAAAUUGGCUUGAGCUACUCUUUGGGUUGGUGCCCUUGAGCUAAUUCCAGGCCCUUCACAUUUUGCCAGACAUUUAGCAAAAGCUUAUUUCAAAGCUCCUAAUUUUUGAACUCCUUUAAUUUUUUGGGCAAUCAUGGCGUCUGAAAGAAAGCAGGAACUGCAUUGCAAAGCUGGUUUCAUUAUGCAGCUUUGUUUCUCUUCCAAAAGAAGAUUCACGUGCUUAUAAUCUUAUUCUCAAUAUUUUAACUGAGAAUUGUAUAAUUACCUAUUCCAAAUUGUCAUUGAGAAUAGAGACCCAUCUUUUGCCUCAUAGUUACCACUUAAAACUAUGUGCAGUAAUUAAACCCUUGCAAAAUUGCUGUGCGUUCCAUUCUCUCUGCCUGAAGACUGCCGAAUAGGUUUAAUGCAAUUUGUACAAGACUUCAUUUUUUUCGUUAAUGAUUUUCCCUUUUCGUUUAUGUUUGUGGAAGUGUUAAUCUAUUUAAGCAGAGCAAGAAGUCUAAUCUUUAAAGCUAAUAUGCAAUUUAUUUCCUAAGUCUGAUGAAUUUAGUCAUAUAAAUUUUGCUAACUAAUUUUAAUUUUAUUUUUUGCCUUCUCGUUAAUUUCCCUCAUUUGAUUCAGUCUGAACCAUUCUCAGUAUUGAGAUAAAAGCUGAGUCUGAUGAAUUUAGUCAUAUAAAUUUUGCUGACUAAUUUUAAUUUUAUUUUUUGCCUUCUUGUUAAUUUCCCUCAUUAGAUUCAGUCUGAACCAUUCUGAGUAUUGAGAUAAAAGCUGAGUCUCAUGAAUUUAGUCGAUGAAUGUUGCCACUAAUUUUAAUUAUAUUUUUUGGAGGCUUAUUGACACGAUGAAUUUAGUCUUAUAAAUUUUGCUACUACUUUUAAUUUUAUUUUUAUGGAGACUGAAGUAUUGAGAUAAAACUGAGUCUGAUGAAUAUAGUCUUAUAAAUUGUGCUACUACUUUGGAUUUUACUUUUUUCCUUUUCGGAGAUUUUCCUUGUCACAUUGUCUGAUCCAUUCUCAGUAUUGAGAUACAGUCAUAGAAGUUCGCUUGUAAAUACGUUUAUUUUGUUGUUGUUCUUGUCCGCCAUCCUUUGUACUUUACUUGCCUCAUCUUUGUAUUAUCUAAUAUGUAACUUCUUUUUAAAAUACAUCUUAAUUUUUGACAACUA